CACAGAUUAUUGAACCUGUCUCGUAGACCAGCAUAGGAAGGGUAAAAGUUGAGGAAUAGCCACUGUGAUGACAUGUCACUAAAUCCAAGUGACCCUGUUUCCCAGCUGAAGCAUGAAGAAAAUGAAGAAACGCCUAUGAAUGGAAAGGCAUGUACCCCUCAGAACAGCUUAGCAAUUGGAACUGCUAGUUUCCAAUCUUUAAACAAGCAUUCGCUAAAACUCAAUUUACGUGGAACAUCUUGUUUUCAAGAUGUUAAAAGUACGAAAAAUACAGAUCCUUUAGAAGCACCUUCAUCCUCACCGAGAUCUGAAACUCCAACAAAUUUAACAGUGUUAUCUCUACAUAGUCAUUUAACUGUUUCUAAACCUCCAAAAAAGCGUUAUGUACAGAAUGGAACUUUUAAACCAACUCUAAAGCAGCUUCCAGCUGACCUUCAAACUACAAGUGCUUGUUCUGCAUUACAGGAAUUAGCUGGGGGGUGUCUAUCUGGACAACAGAAUAUUGGAACAAGGUCACCUGGAACAAAAACUGUUAACAGGGGGGAUUCUUGCUAUUCUUGUAAUCCAUGCAAUAGUAUUGCUAGGUUUGAGAACAAGCAGAAAAGUCAGGUCUAUACCCCUAUACCAAUGAUGGAGAUAGACAUUGACAAAGAUUUAUCACAAAUGUCAUUCAACACCUCAGUUAAUCCAUUAUCUCAAUCACUUUCAAGAAAACAUAAUUUGAGUUCAUUUUCUCAGCAAACUCAAUCAAUUCCAAUUCCAACUGAUAGUUCCAGUUUUGAUGUUUUAACUGAUGAGCCAAUUAACCUGUGCAAAAAACAGGCUAAAACAUUUCAGACAAGUCAACAAAAAAUUAUAAACCAUGUUGUGGAUAAAGUUUUAUGCAGACCUUUUGGAAAUGCUGUCUCUGAUUGUUUUCCUGACACCACUGCUGGAAAAUGGCAGAAUCAGUUGGAACACAUUGUCAUCGAUGAAGAAGAUAUCUCUCAGAAGAUGAAAAUCAGAAGAACUCGAGGAGUAAAAGACUCAUCCGAUAUUCAGGAUGAAACUAAGAGUCCUACCUUUCUGUUACCAUUUAGUACAGGGGAAGAUGACAAAAGAAAAACUUUAUGCUCUAGAAUUUGUGAGAUAAAUAAGUAUUGUGUUGAUGAGCCAUUUAAUCCUAGUGCUGAUAGUAUUUAUGAUGAACUGCAUAUAAAAAAGUAUGAGAAAGACAAUUUAGACAGUAUUAGCAUAACAAAUAAAGAACAUAAAAAUAACACAAAAUGCUUUGUCAAUGAGUUAAAGUGCCCAGAGGAUAGUAGCAAUACAUUUCCAAUCUCAUUGGAAACACGUAAUAAUAAAUCUUUAUCCACCGAGUGUCAUGAAAGCCUUAUUUUUAAUGAGCAAAAAAUGCUAUUUAAUAAAGAUUGUGAUACCAAAGGUGGAAAAAGUUCUUGUCCUAAAACUAUUGUUCACGUAAAUUGCAAUGGGAUAGUUGAUGAAGACUGUAGUACUCAGGCUGAAAAUGAAAAGUUUUUGCCCAAAGAUAUUGAAAAAAACUCAGAUGGGAUGGAUAGAGACAAAAACCACAAUAACUCACAGUGUGGUGUGAAGAAGAGAAAAUGUAUCAAAGUUAAAAGAGAAGAAAUAGUUGAUAAGCCAUUGCCAGGUGGCAACUAAUAUACCAGAUGAAGUGUCAAGCAAGCCUUAGAAGUCAACAGGAGCCAAAUGAGAAAUGACUUAUUGGACUGAUUUCAUCUAUCAACACCAUAGCCACUGGCACAGAAGAAAAAUUCUGGAAAGAAAUUUAUUUAACAAAACUAUAUUUGUAUCCACUUUUACUGGACUGCCUGUAGAGGAGUAGUCAGUUUUUUAUUUUCAAAUUUUACAGUAUCAAACAAUUUUAUAAACCUACAUUUUCACUAAAAUUUGUUACUUUCAAGUACGUGAACUCUUGAAAAUCUCUGUUAGUGAUAUUUGAACCCGGAACCUUAGAAACAACCAGACCACUGUAUAGCAUUCUCAUUCCUAAGGCCCUGGGUUCUAACCUCACUAAGACCUUCUCUCAGGACUACAUACCAGAACAUAGAAGCAGAUGAGUAGCCUUAGCACCAUGGUAGAGUUAGCUAUAGAAGGUAGAUUAAUUAUUAGGCGAUUAUAAUAUUGGUGAUGAAAAGUUUAUUAACAAUACAGGGUGAUUAUAGACCAUUCAAUAGUGUUUACCACAUUAGUAGUAGUGGUUGGAACAUUAUUUAACAUUUUAUAAGUAGUUUAACUUUACUUGGGUUAAUUUAAUAACUUGUGAUAAAUCUAUCUAAUGAAAGUUUUCUUAGGGGGAGAAGGAAGGGAUAAUUUUAAACUUUAUUUCUAUGUGGGUCAUUCUUUUACGUUGUGUUAGCCAACAAGAAGUAAUAAUUGCUUUAAUUGCAUCUAUAAAACCGUCUACGCAGUCUAGUUUUCUGCAAAACCUAACGUUUUUAUUAUCCACAAUAAAUUGUGAAAAUUAUAAUAUUUUAGAUUCUAGAGUUUCAAUAUAUGCAACCCGUGUUAAAAUUCCCUUAAAAAACGAUAAACUAGUGUAAUUUUAUCAACAGUUAAUUAGUCUCAAAAAAAGAGUAAGCACAUUGUGGUAUCUCCUGUAAAUAAACAUUCAUUAAGAUUCAGACUGUUAGUUCUUUGUUUGGCCUAAAAUAUAUGCCAGCUCGAAUGUAAAUUUUUGUUCUUUUUAAAUGACUUUCUUUAAGUAUUUAUGAUGUAGAUUUGUAAUUAAUACAGCAUUAAUAGUAAAUAUACAUUGUAUGAGCUUACUCCUUUUUUAAUUGAACAAAAAUUAGAAUAUAAACUUCAAAUCAGUUCCUUCAGAAAUACCUGAAAAUAGAACAGGUUUUUAUCAGUGAAAUGUUUAAAUUAUAGGAUAAUCUAUUAGUUCUAAGCAAACAUUGGAAAAUUAAGAAUUAAAUUUUAACGAAUGACUUAAAAGCGACGAUUCCAUAAUUAUAUAUUAUUGUUCGGAGUUCUACUAGCUUUACAUUCACGUAGCUACAUUUAACAGCUACAUUUUGUUUUAAAACAAAAUUAAUGAAUUUGUUUUUGUCCACUUCUCACCGUUUUGAAAUCAGGCUCUGAAUUUGAAGUCGACUAUCUUGUGCUUCAGGUUUUACUUUGCGAUUCUAAUGAGACAGCUAUAAAAAUUGUUUUUCUUUUUCAGAACUCUUUGUGUAAUGUCUCAAAUGUUUUACUAUUGUACAAAUUUAUAAAAAAUGUUUUAUUCAAUGUAAGAAACAUAAGUUCAUAGAUAUAGUGACAUCAUCAUUAGCACUCAUUGUAUGUACUCAAAAACAUCAAUGAUUCAUAAACUGCCAGUUAAAGUGUUUAGUCACCGUGUUUUAAUCAAUGAGUUUAUACAUCCUUACCAUAUAGACGACUUUCUGUUUAUACAUCCUUACCGUAUAGACAACUUUCUGUUUACACAUCCUUACCAUAUAGACAGCUUUUCGUUUAUACAUCCUUACCAUAUAGAUGACUUUUUUGUGACGGUGUAAGUGAUUUUAAUGCAAAUAAGCUCUUUAAUUGGAUGAUACAUCAGGGACUGUUUAUAAAAUUACUUGUGUUUUAUACAUAUAUAUGUGUGCGUCAAUUUACUAUAAUAUGUAGCAUAACGUUUGGUAGAAAUGUGGUUUAAAAUGUAUUAAAUAUUGAUUGAAUUGUGUAUUAUUUUUCCCGUUAAUUAAGAUGCUUAUAUAACAGAUUUCUUAUAAAUUAUUGGUAUAAUAUAUGUAUUGUUUAAUGAUUUUUUACCAAACUUCCCAAUUUCUUUUUGUUUAUUAUCAGUUAGGCUUUCUUACAAAAUAUUUGCGCAAAGAUAUAAAAAAAGGUUGUCUGUGUUAAUCAUCCAUACAUUUCAACUAAUAGGUGAGAGAAAAGGCAGGUAGUCAGCGGUUCCCAACUCUUGUGCUACUUUCGUCUGAUCGAAUAAUGAGAUUUGACCGUAUUCUUAUAAUGCCCUCAAGACCUACAAAUGCGGAGAACGUUUUUGCAGUAUCAGGCUUAAAACCGCAAGCCCUCAGUCAGACCAACUCAGUAAUAUCAGUAUCCUCAUCAAACUGUAUACAUUUAAAAAUCUACUUUAUCAUCACUGAAAAACAGAUCAUUUUGUGGUAUUUUGUACUUGAAUCUUGCCCACUGAUAAACAUUUCCUUCCGAAAAUAAAUGAUUCCUUUAUAUUGUUGUCACAUUAAAGUUCUGGAUAAAAUAAGUUAAAACAUGUAAUGAAAUAAAGUUUAUAAGGUUUCUCUUUACCCCAAAAUAAGAUCCACUCAUGUAAUCAUUCAGUUGUCUUUUGGAACUCUGUGAAUGGGUUUUUGGACUUUCCAUUAGGUAGCACUCUAUGAUGUAGAGUUAACUGUAAUAAUAU